AGUUGCGUUUGCUAGUCACGCGUCAGUCGUCGUUCGGUACAGUUGUGUCUGUCUGCCUGUGCGCAUACACUUCGAAUAUUUUUACAAAUUAAAAGGAAAAGUGCAGUGAUCCUGUUAGCAAAUAUCUAUAUUUUUGUGAAUGAUAUUAGUGAAGUGAAAAUAUGUGAUAAUAUAAUUUAUGUUGUACCUACAUUAUUAUUGGAGUUCGGAUUUACCUUUCAGCGCACAGAUACGCAAUGGUGAAGUGAGCGGUAUGCCGUCAGCGGCGCUAGUGGCGCUGGCGCUGCUGGCCACGGCGACGGCAGCGCACGCGCAGCUGCGCCCUGAAGACGCGCCGCCACCACUCAACGAUACACGUUGCGGGUCGGAGUGUGUGCGUUGCGGCGCGGACGGAUGCGUGCGGUGCGCGCGGCUGCUCGUGUGGCCGGGCGGCGGCUGCGUGCGCGUCUGCCCGCCCGGCACGCGUGAAGCUUGGGCACAUGACGACCAUCUAAUGGGACGUGUUUGCUAUCCCGCUAACACUUACAAUGAGGUGUUAGUGGGCGGGGCGUGCGGUGCAGUACUGUGCGUGGCGCUGGUUGCGGCGGGCGCAGCGUACGCGCGGUGUCGCGGCCGCUGUCAGGCGCGCGCGCAGCCUCAGCCUCUGCCACCACUCGCCCAGCACGACGACGACGCCCGACUUAGAGAGUUUCAUAAGCAACUCGAUUGUUUACGGCCUCACGCUUUCACUCUGCUUGCAAUCCUUAACCACACGCGGCAUCAAGUGAGAGAGCUUUACCAACUGGGCAACAACGACGCAGCUAUGGCGUACAGCUGCGUUCUGAGCGAUUUGGCCAAACUGCUAAUACUGCUCAACAAGCAGCAGGUGCCGGUCGUGCCAGACGAGUGGCCCAGGCUCGCUAGUUGGGCGGAACGGAUACUAAAACGUUACAGCCGAAUGAAUGUGAGUCAACAGCAACAAAAUCAACUUGUUAAUUUCCUACCAACACCACCGAGCCAAGAAUCAGAUUCCGAAACAACGCAGCAAUCAUUUUCAACGUUUAAGCCGCCAUCUUACUCGCCUACGUCAUUUGACAGCCAUACAAUAGACAAAGAGCUGAACCAGAACCAAUGGAAUGACGUCAGACCACCGAGCUACUCGCAGAUAGAGAGGGAGAAAAAUAACUAUUCACAAAUAGAAAGACAAAAAGAGACAAUCACUCUCUCCGACCCCUGGGAGAGGAGACCGAUUGUAAGAAGAGAAAGUGUGUGGCUCGAAGAUGAAUUAUUUGAAAUGACGAGGCGACCUCAAGACGAACUUACCACUGAACUUUAAUUCUUAAUUAAAAUAGCAUAUAACGUUAUAUAAUAAUUAACGUUACAAAGUAGUACAAAUAUAUCUCACUGUCUUCUUAAUUUAGUUAGAAAAUAAAUUUUAUCUCUUUUAAGUU